GUCAGCUUCCUGCGCUGAAGACCCCCGAUGCCGGCGUCGUGUUCCAGACCAGUAACAUUAUUACCCAUCUCAGGAAGCAGAAAUAUAAUGCAGAUUAUGACCUCUCUGCCACCCAAGGAGCCGACACCCUCGCCUUCAUCUCUCUGCUGGAGGAGAAACUGCUGCCGGCCCUGAUCCACACCUUCUGGAUAGAUGAUAAAAAUUACGCUGAUCACACGCGCAGAUGGUUCGCGGACACCGUCCCCUUCCCCCUGAACUUCUUCAUUCCAAACCAGAUGCACAAGAAGCACCUGGAGCGUCUGCAGCUGAUCCGGGGCGAGGGCUGGAGGGAGGACGACCAGGACUCUGAGAAACAGUUAUACACGGACGCCCAGGAAUGUCUGACUCUCCUCUCACAGCGUCUCGGGACCCACAGGUUCUUCUUCGGAGACUCGCCGGCCUCUCUGGACGCUCACAUCUUCAGUCACCUGGCUCUCAUCCUGUACGUGAAGCUGCCCACCGGCCGACUACAACAACACCUGAGAUCCCUGAGUAACCUGAGCCAGUACUGCGAGGCUAUCCUCAGCAUCUACUUCACCCAGGAUGGAGAGACCUUCACUCGCAUUUCCCCAAAGAGCCCAAGGACAGAAGCCCCCGAGGGUGAGGAGGACCCCCACAAGAGGCGUAACCAGGUCCUGUCUGUGGCGGUGGGGCUCCUGGCCAUGGUGGGCUAUGCUCUACUCAGUGGGAUCGUCUCCAUCCAGCGGGUGUCCGGGGACAGGGCCGUGGGCCACAGGAUGACCCUGGAGGACCAAGAGGAUGAGGAGGACUGAUGGUGGCGGAGCUCCUCCCUGUUAGGACCGCGUCUCAUUCCAUUCUGUACUUAUAUUGUGGUGUUUGUGCCCUGGAGACUUUGGGGCCCCUGUGAGGACGUGUACGGGGGGCCACCUUAUAAGUGCCUUUAUAUGUUAUAUAACAUGUGAGGAUCGGGCUGUGGCCCCUGCAUGGUCUGGGGGGUGGGGGGGAGC